AUGUCAACCACACCCAGCAGAGCCUCGCGAUUGCAUGACAACUCACCGUCGGCCCCAUGCCAAACCCACGUCAUCGGCGAGCCGGGACCCUCAAGCGCGCCGGCUUCCAGAGCGCCAACUCGUCCUCAAUCCCCGACAUGUAGCGCCCCUAGAUACAAUGCUGGCGCAUCUAUCGCUCUCGUCGGCAUGAGAGGAACCGGCAUGUCAACGCUGGCAGUCAUGGCCUCGAACGCGUUAGGGUUCCGACUCCUCGAUGGCGACCAGUAUUUCUACAAAGUCACGGGUCUGUCCCGAGCUGCGUAUAAAUCCGCUCACGGCAUCUCCCAAUACCGCCAGGAGGAGCUACGACUGAUGCGGUCCAUGCUCUUUGAUAAUCCGACGGGCGCGGUCAUUGUCUGCGGUCCUGGUGUUGUUGAGGGGACGGGCAAAGAGUGGCUCGGAGAAUACUCAAAGACACAUCCUGUCAUAUACAUCGUGCGAGACGCGGAAGAAAUUCAACGGCACUUGAGAGUAUGGGACGUGGAGACUAUCAAGAACCUCAUCCGUCGGACAGGGCCGGCUUACCGGGGCUUGUCGAGCUUCGAGUUCUACAAUCUCUCGGACAUGUCGCUCUCCGAAUCCGAGCCGACCUCUCUCUCUGGGAACCAGUCCCCGAAGUCUCUUGCGCUAAAGAGCGUUGAGGAGGACUUCCUCCACCUUAUCAACGGGGUCAUGAGACGGGACUGCCAGAGUUGCAAGUACAGGGCCCACCACAGCCUUUCUUCGUUGCUACCAGAAGCAAGGGGUUUCACGUACGCCCUGACGAUGCCACUAUCAACGCUCGAGGCCCUGGGGCCCAAAUUCCGCGGUGUAGAUAUGGAGGCGGAUGCACUGGAACUCACAAUCUCUCUGUCUGAGCUCCGCAAUCAGGGGACAAUCUUUGACGAUGCGGUGGCAGACCGGAUAAGCCGGCUGAUGUGCGUUGCUCGGAGGAACAUCCGGCUGCCGAUGCUAUACCAUAUACUCACUGACGCUUCCUGCUCUUGGCGAGCUGACUUCGUAGAAGCCAUAGACCAGGACGCGUACUUUAGUCUCCUCCACCACGGCCUGCGACUGGCACCGGAAUAUCUCUGCGUCGACCUCGAGUGCGACGAAGACAAGAUUCGCCACUUGGUCGCCUGCAAAGGGCGGACAAAGAUACUAGCACAUUAUACAGAGCCCAAUCCCGCUGCUCAGGGUUGGAACUCCCCAGAACGAUGGAAUCUGGUCCAUCGCGCACAGGAGCUGGGAUGCGACAUGGUCCGAAUCUGCCAGGAGGCCAUGUCCACAGCCGACAACUUCACAGUACAAUAUUUCCUCCAUCAAGUCAAGACCUCUCAAGAGCGCAUAAUCCCCGUGAUAGCAUACAACACAGGCCGCCUGGGGCGCAUGUCCUGCUCCUUCAACUCGAUCCUCAGCCCCGUCACACACCCCGUCGUCCGGAGCCUAGCUCCAGACUGUUCAUCAAGCUCCCUCCUCACAGUCCAAGAGUCCCAAAAAGCGCUCUUCUCGUCGUUCCUUCUCGACCCGCAGUACUUUGGCAUCUAUGGAAACAACGUCUCCCAGAGUCUUUCGCCAGCCAUGCACAACGCCGCAUUCAAGCUGCUUGGCAUGCCGCACCGCUACAAGGUCUUUUCCCACGACUCUCUAAAUGAGCUUAGGGGAUUGAUCAGCGACCCUGACUUUGGAGGGGCGAGUAUCACGGCGCCGUUCAAGAGGGAAGUGAUUCCACUGGUGGCCUUUAUGAGCCGUGAGGCGAGGGCCAUUGGCGCCGUCAACACACUGCUGUCGAUGAAGAGACCGACCAUGGACUCCCUGCUGGAUAGGAACAGGGCUGGGCCGACGGCGGCACUCUUUGGAGAAAAUACAGAUUGGAUCGGUAUUCACACUUGCGUUCGCCGGAAUCUGUCUCCCAUCAACGCUGUCAAGCGACGGACGACUGCUCUUAUCGUAGGUGCAGGAGGAAUGGCUCGUGCAGCGGCAUACGCGCUAAUUCGGCUUGGAGUCGGGACCAUCUUUGUCCACAACCGCACCGUUCAGAGGGCAGAGGAACUUGCGAAGCAGUUUGAUGGCAGGCCUUACCGAAGUGACGGCCAGGAUGAGAUGGAUCACUGUGGGAGAGGCAGAAGCAGCGAGAGCCCGGAAUACGGCGCAAACCCCACGUUCAAGGUUAUCAGCUCAAAAGACGAGGUCUGGCCGGAAGAUUCGAACCCUCCGACGAUUAUUGUAUCAUGCGUCGCUACCCGGGAUCUUGACGGGUCAUGCUCUGUCAACACGAGCAUCCCGCCUGACUGGCUUGGAAGCCCAACUGGCGGAGUUGUGAUUGAGCUUUCCUACACGCCACUGGAGACCCCGUUGCUCAGGCAAGUCCGGGGUAUGAGCGAUCGGGGAUGGAUAGCUGUAGAUGGCCUUCAGGUUCUACCAGAGCAGGGCAUGAUGCAGUUUGAGAUGUUUACAAUGAGGCGGGCUCCUGAGAAGCUAAUGAGGGAUACAGUGUUCCGGGCGUACGAUGAGAGGAGAAGUAGAGAGCUGUCCUCUAAAGCGUCAUAA